AUGAGGGGAAGGUUUAGUAGAGUUCCGCGGCAUCUCUUCCGGGUGCACCAUCCCGGCUCUGGUGGUGUAACCAACGAGUCGUAUGCAUCUUCAGCCGAGUGGGAGGCCUUAGCCCCCGAGUUUACGGACGUCUUCGCCUUUCGUGAAGUCGCCCAGGCGGGCCAGAGCCUGGACAACCACCUUCGCUGGAAACAAGUCCCGGGAAAACCCAGCCCUUUUGUGUCGUGGACCAGCUCGCUUUUGACGGCAAUCGCGUAUAUUUUCUAUCUUUACGGGAAAGGAGAGUCCCUCGACCAGAUUUACUUGACUGUCCUAGAUGCUAGUAGAUGCCACCCUGAUGUUUUUCUUGACGAUUUGAGCUUGAUAGAAGCCCUUCAGUGCACAUGGCCUUAUACGGGCCUGGAGGAUCUAUGGAAGCUACGAACGGGGUUAAAGGGCCCUGUCUAUUAUUUCGGCGAGUUUCUUUCUCAGGGAUCUCUAGCUAUCAAGGGGAAGUCUGAGACGGUGACCGCGGAGCAGUUAAUCGAAAGGGGACUCUUUACUCUGCAACCAGAGUUUAAGAAGUUCCUUGGAUGGAACCUGCACGGUUCGGCAGAGGAAAGUCCCAAGUGGGCAAAUGCGGUCAUGGACUAUCGGAAAUUCCUAGCCCAGGAAAGCCACAAGUUUCGGCUUGGACAAGUUCAAUUGAAGGCAGCACAAAGUAUCGUUAGCCUGUUUGGCGCCAAUUUGGGGUUACGCUUCCCAAUGAUGGUUCAUCUGAUAGGGCUGCUCCCCAAACCUGGACUGGAUGAACUUUUCGAGCUCACCAUUAUGACACCCGCUCUGUCUGAUCCUUACAAGAACUUUCGGUUCCUGCCCGAGAUGAAUCUAUUCCGGGCCAAGGGUUUAAUCGAGACUGAUCGGGUGUAUGGAAUUGUUAGCCAGGUGGACCAGAAUAGGGAACUGAUGUGA